UCCAAAGCAUGAGCAGGCUGCGGACAGAGAGGACGGAUCUCCCACACAAGCUGCUGCACUGCCUGUGGAUGCACAGUAGGCUCCUCACAGUCUGUUACUUUAAAUCAGGCUGUGUGUGAGAGAUAUGCGCUAACCGGACUCUCUUUUUUUUGGAAUGAUUAUUUUAUUUGUCGAGGUUCUAGUGCUGUCCUUCGGCUCACAGAGAAACGUGUUUGAUUUUUUAUUAUUAUUAUUAUUUUAAAGAAUAUAUAUAUAUAUAUUUUGAAUCAGGCGCAUUCAAUAUUUUGGAAAAAUUCUAAAAUAUAAUAUUUUGCCAUGAGGGAAAAUACUAGCAUGUCUAUCAUGGAUGUGACAGUGGAGGGAGUGAGCCCAGCAACUCCGAGGGCUCUGUUAGUGACAUGCAUGACUCUGCUGGUGUCCCUGCACCUGUUUCGGUGGCUGUGUCGGCAGCGGUCCCAUUCCUGGCCGCCCGGCCCCCUCGCCUGGCCGGUCAUCGGGAACGCACCGCAGCUUGGUAACGCACCGCACUUGUAUUUUACGCGCAUGGUGAAAAAAUACGGCGACGUCUUCCAGAUCAAGCUCGGCAGUCGGACGGUGGUGGUGCUGAACGGGGGGUCAAUCAAACAGGCGCUGGUCAAGCAGGGCUCCCACUUCUCCGGCAGACCGGACUUCACCUCCUUCCAGUAUAUCUCCAGUGGGAACAGCAUGGCGUUUGGCAACUCCACGGGCUGGUGGAAGAUGCACCGCAAAGUGGCCCAGUCCACAGUCCGGAUGUUUUCCACAGGAAACCCCCAAACUAAGAAGACAUUUGAAAAUCACGUGCUCAGCGAGGGCAAAGAGCUGCUGCGGCUGUUUCUGAGGAAAACGAAGGAGGACAAAUACUUCCAGCCCCUGACCUACGUCGUGGUGUCCACUGCCAAUAUAAUGAGCGCGGUUUGCUUUGGGAAGAGGUACUCCCAUGAAGAUGAGGAGUUUCAGCAGGUGGUGGGCAGGAACGACCAGUUCACCAAGACUGUAGGCGCAGGGAGCAUAGUGGACGUUAUGCCCUGGCUGCAGUACUUCCCCAACCCCAUCAAAACCAUCUUUGAAAAUUUUAAGAAGCUCAACCUGGAGUUUAGUGAAUUCAUUCGAGAUAAAGUUGUGGAGCACAGAAAAACAAUCGAUUCAAGCACCAUCAGAGACAUGACUGAUGCCUUUAUAGUGACGCUGGACCAAAUACGAGAUAAGAUGGGACUUUCUGAGAAAGACUAUGUGUCCUCCACAGUCGGGGAUGUGUUUGGAGCAAGUCAAGACACACUGUCGACUGCCCUACAGUGGAUCAUCCUCAUUCUUGUCAAGUAUCCAGAGAUACAGGUGCGUCUCCAGCAGGAGGUGGACAAAGUGGUGGACCGGAGCCGUGUCCCUGCUAUCGAGGACCAGCAGCAGCUGCCUUAUGUCAUGUCCUUCAUCUACGAGGUGAUGCGCUUCACAAGUUUCGUCCCUCUCACCAUCCCCCACUCCACCACCACAGACACAUCCAUCAUGGGCUACACCAUACCAAAGAACACAGUCAUCUUCAUCAACCAGUGGUCCGUCAACCAUGACCCAAGCAAUUGGUCCCAACCAGAUAUCUUUGACCCAGAGCGCUUCCUGGACCAGAGCGGAAUGCUGAAUAAAGACUUGACCAGCAACGUGCUCCUCUUCUCCCUGGGCAAGCGGCGGUGCAUCGGCGAGGAGCUGUCCAAGAUGCAGCUGUUCCUGCUCACAGCUCUCAUAGCGCACCAGUGCAACUUCACAGCCGACCCUGCAGUGCCGGUGAAACUGGGCUACAGCUAUGGCCUGACUCUGAAGCCUCACCCUUUCUCUGUAGCCGUGUCUGUGCGCGAUGAUAUGAAGUUGCUGGAAGCAGCUACCAGUCAGCCCUCAUCAGACUCACAAACAAAAGAAUAAAUUAGAUUCAAACUGUAAGGUGCUAAAAGACAUGAAGGCAGAGGAAAACGUAGAAACUUUAGCUUUUGUUUGAGGCUGAGCACCAUAUUUAAUGUCUGGAAAUCUCAGGCCACUGCUUCUGCUUUUUGAUCUCAUAUACACUGUUUAAAAUGUUUCAUGUACCAGAGUCGAGACUGAUUUAACAGCCUUUGAUUACUGACUUAUUCUAAUCAGGGCCAGAAAGAAAUAGUAAAAUGGUAUCCAAAUCAAAGAAGAUGUACAUCUUGUAAACGCCAUCUCACCUGGAUCAAUCUCACAUCUAACUUCAAAAACAGUCUCACAUGCCAGCCAGCAAUUAGGCACACUCCUUUGAUUCAUCAGAUUAGAGGACUGCAGCACAUCGCCAGCUGUGAACGGGACUUUCAAAGCAAGUCACACUGUGGUUACCUGAGUUCCAAUUUACCGAAAAGCAGAAAGUUAAAGCUGUCAGUUAAUUUGUUUUAUUGUUGUUGUUUUUUUGCUGUUCUUUUGUGCUGUCAGU